UGUUCACAAACACACAUCUCUAGUUAUUUGAAGACUUCGACGUGUCUUUUUUAUACGAUACCAGUAAAUAAAUAAUUAAAAUGACCAGUGUUAAAGGCGUGAUUGGAAAAUUCUACAAUGAUUAUGUAGAAAACACUCCUCGUAAGCUGAAAUUAGUGGAUACCUACCUGGCAUACGUCUUUCUAACCGGCGUUAUUCAGUUCGUGUAUUGUUGUUUAGUCGGCACAUUCCCAUUCAACUCUUUCCUGUCGGGCUUCAUAAGUACAAUAAGCUGUUUUGUACUUGGCGUUUGUCUCCGGCUUCAGGCAAAUCCGCAAAAUAAAGCAGUAUUCGCGGGUAUUUCACCGGAACGCGGUUUCGCUGAUUUCAUUUUUGCACACGUUAUAUUACACUUGGUUGUCAUGAAUUUUAUUGGAUAAGAAUGUCACUGAAAUAUAUCAAAUACAAAAAAAUCGUAUUUACGAAAUAUACAAAUUAAAA